AUGAGCUCUGAUAUACCAGCUAACAAACCUGAGCUCUUGCGUUCUUGGGCGCUUGCGUUCGAAAAUGCUGGAAAUUUGCAAAAGGAAUAUCACGGCAAGGUAUGCGUCGAGAAUUGCGUUGGCUUCUGCCAGAUUCCUCUAGCCGUCGCAGGCCCUUUGCAGGUGGCUGGAUCAGUUUCGCCGGGCAAAGUCUACGCUCCACUCGCCACUUACGAAGGGACACUCGUUGCCAGCUGUUCCAGAGGAUGCAAAGCAUUCAACGCUUCUGGAGGAAUUCACAUCGAGAUCCUCAGCAACAGCAUGAGUCGAGGUCCUGUAUUCACUUUUGACAACCCCGACCAUGCCGUUAUAUUCACGAAACAGUUACCGGCUUUGAAACCAAUCUUUUCACAAUGGGCGGAGGAAACAAGUGCACACUUGCGGGAGUGCAGCUGGCCAGAACAUGGUCACCAAGGCCACCCAGCACGCCUGUGA